AUGGGAGUCUGUAAUAGCUCGUGCUGCGGAGGUCGCUCCCGUGACGGCCUCUACGAACCUGUACUCGCCGACAGCGAAAGGGAGGCUGUCGCCGACCUUCUGCAAUACCUUGAGAAUCGAGGGGAGACUGAUUUCUUCUCCGGCGAACCACUGCGCGCCCUGAGUACCCUCGUCUUUUCCGAGAACAUCGACCUACAACGCAGUGCCAGUCUCACAUUUGCCGAGAUCACCGAACGCGAUGUGCGAGAAGUCCACCGGGAUACCCUCGAACCGAUAUUGUUCCUCCUACAGAGCUCCGACAUUGAAGUGCAAAGAGCCGCCAGUGCAGCACUCGGAAACCUGGCUGUCAAUACCGAGAACAAGGUCCUCAUCGUUCAAAUGGGCGGUCUCCAGCCAUUGAUCCGACAAAUGCUCUCUCCCAAUGUCGAAGUGCAGUGCAACGCCGUCGGCUGCAUCACCAACCUGGCCACACAUGAGGAGAAUAAAGCAAGGAUUGCACAGUCGGGUGCUCUCGGUCCCUUGACGAGACUGGCCAAGUCGAAGGAUAUGCGUGUCCAGCGCAAUGCUACUGGUGCUUUGCUGAAUAUGACACACUCGGACGAGAACCGAAAACAGCUCGUCAACGCGGGCGCCAUUCCGGUCCUGGUCCAGCUUCUGUCCUCGCCCGAUGUCGACGUGCAGUACUACUGCACGACGGCCCUUAGCAACAUUGCGGUUGACGCUAACAACAGGCGGAAGCUUGCGCAGACCGAGACCAAGCUCGUCGCCUCGCUCGUCGCUCUCAUGGAUUCAUCCUCCCCCAAGGUGCAGUGCCAAGCCGCUCUGGCUCUCCGAAACCUGGCCUCGGACGAAAAGUAUCAGCUCGACAUCGUCCGUUCCAACGGCCUGGCGCCCCUGCUCCGUCUGCUGCAGUCGUCCUAUCUACCCCUCAUCCUGUCCGCCGUCGCCUGCAUCCGCAACAUCUCCAUCCAUCCUAUGAACGAAUCGCCCAUCAUCGAAGCCGGCUUCUUGAAGCCUCUGGUGGAUCUUCUCGGCUCCACGGACAACGAAGAAAUCCAGUGCCAUGCCAUUUCCACCCUGCGCAAUCUCGCUGCGAGUUCCGACCGCAACAAGGCGCUCGUCCUCGACGCCGGCGCCGUGCAGAAGUGCAAGCAGCUGGUUCUCGACGUCCCCGUGACGGUGCAGUCCGAGAUGACGGCGGCGAUCGCCGUGCUUGCUCUCAGCGACGAGCUCAAAUCGCAUCUUCUCAAUCUCGGCGUUUUUGAAGUCCUCAUUCCUCUCACCGAUUCGCCCAGCAUCGAGGUUCAGGGCAACAGCGCCGCGGCCCUGGGCAACCUGUCUUCGAAAGUUGGCGAUUACUCGGUCUUCGUACAGGAUUGGAAGUCUCCGAACGGUGGCAUUCAUGGGUACCUGAUCAGGUUCCUGAGGAGCGGCGACGCGACGUUCCAACAUAUCGCCAUAUGGACGCUGCUCCAGCUGCUCGAGUCAGAAGACAAGAGCCUCAUCCAACUGAUUGGGCAGGCGGAGGACAUUGUCGACCAGAUCAAGGCAAUUGCGAACCGUCCGGUCGAACCGGACAACGAGUUUGAGGACGACGAUGAGGGUGAGGUGGUAAGCCUUGCACAACGGUGCCUAGAACUCCUGGGACAGGGCACGAGCAAGACGCACAUCGAAGGCUGA